UUUUACCUUCAGACCAUCGGGAUUCAAGUUGGCGAGCGAGUCUUGAAGCGGUCCGGGGAGUUUCUGGAUUGGUGUCGGAGUGAGAAACAGCACUUUCACCCCUAACUCCGACGCAGCUGUAACUGCGGCCAAGAACAAAAGCGACGUUUUAACGCCACAGCGCUCCCCCACAAUCAUACAUGGCGAUGUAUUCCAGCCAGUAGCAGAGGUGAAACUGAAGUUCUCUAAAUCCUGGGGUCGUGCACUAUUAAGCUUCAAAACGAGUGCUAAAAUAUCGGCCAUUUUGUGCUAGCUAUAGCAACAAAAACGUCGUCCACAUAUUUCACAAAUGUUUAAUUUCACUGAUAGUGAUAACCUAACCGACGACUAGUAGUUUCCCGCGAGGAAAUUAUAUUCGAUAUUCUAUGGUAAAUUAUGCUCAACUUCCUGGAAGGUACAUCUAUCAACUUCCGGUAAGGUCAAAUCUCUUACCACAACAACAGACAGCUGUUAUCAAGAUGGCGGACGCUUAUAGCGAAGAGACGAGUACCCUGGACAGUGGAGAAGCCGGGGAACAGAUUUCGGCUAUACUGAGGCGAUGCAGAGGUCGCCCUCGGCUCACUGACACCGAUCGGGCGAAGAGACGACUGGAGUCGCGGAAAAAGUAUGAUGUGAGGCGCGUGUACCUCGGGGAGUCGCACAAGGUCUGGAGCGAACUGAGACGGCGGACCAGCUUGAGUGACGCUGGACUCGCUGAGUACUUAAUCUUGUUGCACUCAACAUACGGGGAGAGGCAUCAGCACAAACAUAUCGGGAAGAAAACGACAGCAGAGCUGUGUAUCAAACAAAAAAGUGAAAAGAGGGGUGAGGCGAGCAGCCUCCGAAGCCUUGUGCAGUGGUACCAGGAUCACACCCGCUCCUGUCCGCAUGAACCCCGGCUGCAGGGCCUGGAGCCGGCCCUCGGCCUCUCCACCGCCGCGGUGUGGCAGUGCGAUGCGGGCCACUCUUUCGUGCAGCGCUUCCCAUCGCCAGCAGCAUGCGCCAGCGAGUCUGAGACCGAGGGCGAGGUGGAGGGCAGCGGGCGGGCGCUCGCGCAGACGAGAGGCGUCAGGACGCGGGCGAGGCGGAAGAGGAGGACGGCGGGAUCCACCGCUUCCAACCAAUUUACAGACCCUGGCGAGGAGUCAGAGGAGGCUGGUGUGCAGGACGCUGAGGUAACCCUGAACCACGUGGGCAAGGCCACCACCUCGAAGCUGCUUCCAGGCCCCACGUCCCGGAAAGAUUCCCCGUCCACCGAGCUCUCCAUGGGGGAGCAGUCCAUCUGGGAGAUGGAGGUGGUGAUGGAGGGGGCCAAGUGUUUGGCGCAGGAGUCGGAGAGCGAGGGGCUGUGCCAAGGCGUAGUGAUGGAGAAUGACACCACGGAGGAUGAGAAGGGGGCGCAGGAGGUGCUGGGGAGGUGUGGGGUCCAGGGAGGGGGCACAGCCUUGGGGCAGGGUCAGGAGGGGUACGAGUGUGUGGUGGUGACGGCGGCCAUGACGGACCGGCUAGAGAACGGGGAUGCGGAUGUGCUGAGCAACCACGUCGCCAACGGCAACCAUCAGCCCCACCCACCGCCAGCCCCUCCCACCAUACAGGGAGACAUUUUCGAACCCCAGACUCUGCAGACAGUGGUGGCCAGCUGCCAGAUCCCAGAUGGGAGGGGGACUUUAGAGGGAUCACAGCAGGUUAUCAUCAUCACUGGCCCUGGGUACGAGGCCCUGACAUCAGAGGGCAUCCAGCUGAACAUGGCUGGUGCGGGCGGGGAUGAAGUAACCUGCACCUUUAUUGAGGGCGUGGCCUACAAUCAGGUGUGCCCAACAGAGGCUGCUCUCAAGGCCCCGGUCCCAGACACAGACGGCAUCAGGGAACUGGGAAACAAACAGCUGCUGCAGCCCAGUGUGGGGCCCCACAGACCUGAGGCCUCUGAGAGGGAGAACCAGAGGAGCCUCAGCAGAUCCAGGCGGAGCCGGCGGGGUCCAGUGGUGGAGGCGGACGGGAUGCUGAAGAUGUUCCACUGUCCGUACGAGGGCUGCAGCCAGGUGUACGUGGCCAUCAGCAGUUUUCAGAAUCACGUGAAUCUGGUCCACAGGAAGGGCAGGACUAAGGUGUGCCCUCAUCCUGGCUGCGGAAAGAAGUUCUACCUCUCCAACCACCUGCAUCGUCACAUGAUCAUCCACUCGGGUGUGCGGGACUUUAUCUGUGAGACGUGCGGGAAGUCUUUCAAACGCAAGAAUCACCUGGAGGUUCAUCGGCGCACGCACACCGGCGAGACACCCCUGCAGUGCGAGAUCUGCGGGUACCAGUGCCGCCAGCGGGCCUCGCUCAACUGGCACAUGAAGAAGCACACUCCAGAGGCCCUGUACAACUUCACCUGCGAGCACUGCGGCAAGAGGUUCGAGAAGCUGGACAGCGUCAAAUUCCACAAACUCAAGAGCCACCCCGACAAGCAGGCCGCCUGAGAGCGGUGCGGCCGGGUCUGCGGAAGCCAACGGAAAGUUCAAACGAGGGAGUAACCAAGGAAUGAAGGAGAAGAGAGGAUGGGACCGAGAUGAAGUGGGAUUAAGAUGGAGCUCCGUUGGCGUUGGACGGACGUUAAGCCCGCCGCUGUUGGUGGCAAAGCCAGCGAGACUCGUUCGCCGUCAAACCUGCCCCCGAACAAGCCGGGACGAACAAUUAACCGCCAGAUAACAUGAGCCCUGAAGAGGGUCUGUUUGUGUGCACAUUUUCCCAUGUACUACACUGUACUGUUCCUCUCCUUGAACUUCCAAAGCCCUUUUCAAAGAAAGGGCACAGUUUUCAGUUUGUUGUUUUGAUAAUAGAUAUGUGUUGUCUUUGUUACAAAUUUGAGAGCAAUACCCAAAAACAUGUCUAGGAAGGGAGACUUUUUGUAGCCUGGGUGAACACUAACUAACGACUACUACCUUGGUCGACCAGGCUACUGUGCAGUCGCUUCAGCAGCGGAACUGACGAUGGCCCGUGCGGUGGAAAGGAAGUGGUUGGCUGCGCCGUUUCGCAGACGGCAAGUGGCUAGUCUGCGGUCCUCCCGAACUGACAGAAUGUUGCAGUGAUUCGUCAGUGGGACUAGCGAUUAUGAAAAAAAAAAAAAAAAAAAAAAGCGAAAUAAUGGUUCUCAAAUAAUGGGUGCUUGGUGACGUUUUCAGUUUCGUUGCCAUGGAAACGUAUCGUCUGUGAUAUUUCACUUACAAAUGAGAUAAAUAUUUGCACAUUCCACAGUAAAACUAACCAUGAAUGUGAAACUACGCUGCAGAAGUACGGCCCUUCUGCAUAGUGACAUGUAUCUAUUUGCGUGCGUUUCGGGAUGAUUAGCGAAGGGGCAAAAUCAUGAAUUUCGAAGAGUUAUUGUUUUUGAGGUGAUCACCCCUUAAAUUCUUAUCGUAAACGAGCUUUGAAACGCCACGUUUUGCAGAAACGGGUCCUGUCACUCCACACGUGUUGCCAUAAUGCCUGCUUUCGGACACGGACGCGCUCGAAAUCAGGAGAGGAACAUUUAUCUCAGGAAAGAUGCAUUAAUUUAAAUAAAUGUUUUUGUUCCAGGCCUGUAUGCGUUGAGCACAGUAAAUGAGUUUUUACGGUGAUUACAUUUGCCGAUAGCAGUCUAUUUGUGAAUAAUUUUGGGGGAAAUAUUAUGUGGGAGUAGCACUAAUGGAACAUCAUAGCAUAUAUUGCAUUUCCCGUUGUUCUUCAUGUAUCAUAGAUAUUAUGAAUGUACAAUUUGUGAAUAUGAAAUUGAGUCUGUACAUAAUGCUGAAUAUGACAAAUGUGAAACACAUGUACAAUAAAUAAUGUCUUUAGUCGCUAAA